AUGAUCCCUAGAGAGGGUAGCCAUUUCUUCCUUCCCAACUUCUUUUCCUCUCUCCUAUCUUUCACGCUGUUCUACAUCAUUGCCUUAACCAGAAGGAAGAUUUUCUGUGCAAAGGAAUACUUUGAGAAAGCUGCUGAGAAUGACGAAGCUGGUGGACAUUAUAAUUUGGGAGUCAUGUAUCUCAAAGGCAUUGGGGUGAAGAGGGAUGUACAGUUAGCACGCAAAUAUUUUAUAGAGGCUUUUAAUGCAGGUCAACCUAAGGCAUUUUAUCAGCUCGGCAAGAUGUUUCAUACAGGUGUUGGACUCAAGAAGAACCUUUUUAUGGCAACUGUGUUGUACAAAUUAGUUGCUGAACGGGGACCAUGGAGCUCAUUAUCUCGAUGGGCAUUAGAGUCAUACUUGAAAGGUAAUGUGGGCAAGGCAUCCUUCUUAUACUCAAGGAUGGCUGAAUUAGGCUAUGAGGUCGCACAAAGUAAUGCUGCAUGGAUUCUUGAUAAAUAUCGGGAACGUAGUAUGUGCAUGGGAGAAUCAGGCUUCUGCACUGAUGCAGAAAGGCAUCAGCGGGCACAUUCUUUGUGGUGGCAAGCUUCUGAGCAGGGUAAUGAACAUGCUGCUUUGCUAAUUGGGGAUGCAUAUUAUUAUGGCCGGGGUACUGAGAUAGACUAUGAUCGUGCUGCAGAAGCUUACAUGCAUGCUAAAUCCCAGUCUAAUGCACAAGCCAUGUUCAACCUGGGUACAUGCAUGAACAUGGUCAAGGACUUCCAUUUGACCUUCAUCUUGCCAAGCGAUACUAUGAUCAGGCAUUAG